AUGGCAGUGGAAAGUGAAGCAACUGAGUAUGACUCAAUCUUUGUCUUGAUGGCUCAUCUUAUAAAUAAUAAAGAUGCUUUGACUGUGGAGUUAGAAGAGGCAGAACAAACCAGAGACGACUUAGUAAUCGUUGUUGUUGAUUUAAAGGAAACAAUUGAGAACCUGAAAAAAGAGAAGGAUGCCUUAGAUGAAAAAAUUGCAAAUAUAAAACAUGAAAAAGAUGAUCUAAUGGUCGUUGUGGUAGACCUAAAGGAGACCUUUGAGUGUGUAAGAAAGGAAAAAGAAGUCUUAGCUGAGAGAGUUGCUAACAUUGAGCAUGAGAGAGAUGACCUAUUAGUGGUGGUAGUGGACUUGAAGGAAACAAUUGGGGAACCUAAAAUAGAAAGUAGGCCUGAAAAUUCUCAAAAGGGAAAGGAAAAUGGUAAUCUCAACUGUCUAAGUGCUAUUGAUGAUGCUGUUGAAUUAUGGCAUAGGAGGCUGGGUCAUGCAAGCUUCACAUUUCUGAACAAAUUGGUCAGGAAGGACCUGUUUCGUGGUCUUCCCAAGUCAAGUUUCAAGGAUCACAAAGUGUGUGAUACAUGUGUAAAAGGCAAGCAAGUCAGAUCCUCAUUCAAGCCCAAAAAGGAAGUCAGUACCUCAAGGUCACUUGAUAUUCUUCACAUGGAUCUAUGUGGACCCAUGGGGGUGGCAAGCAGGGGAGGAAAGAAAUAUAUCUUCGUUAUAGUUGACGAUUACUCCAGAUUCACCUGGACUCUGUUUCUCAGAACCAAGGGUGAAAUCUUUGAAGUGUUUGUUGCCUUCGUCAAAAAGAUUCAAGUGAAGAUGGGUAAUAAUGUAGCUUGCAUCAGGUCUGAUCAUGGGACAGAGUUCGACAAUGCUAAAUUUGAUGAGUUCUGUACUGAAAAUGGUAUCACUCACAAUUUUUCGGCUCCAAGAGCACCUCAACAAAUGGUGUUAUGGAGAGGAAAAAUAGAACUCUUGAAGACAUGGCAAGGACAAUAUUGA